AUGCACUCCCUCAACGUCUUCCUCGCUCUCAUCCUCGUCGUCAUCCUCGCCGGCAGCAACGUCGAAGCCGCACCGCUCCCCUGGCUCACGCCGGGCGAGACGACGCCCAUCAACCCAACGCCCCCCGUCAACCCGCCGCUCUACAACGCCCCUCUCGACGGUUCGAACGAGGAGGUCCCCACCCCUCCGCCGCAGCCCAAGGGCCGUGCAGGCCCAAGAGAAUCGUAG